UUAAAAUAUGGAUCUUUGUUGGAUUUUUGCUGAAAAUUUGUGUAAAUUUCCUAAGAAGACUCCGUGCUGAAAUGUUGCAUCACAAACACCUGUCAUUACAACAGAGCAUUUAGUAGAAUGUAAUAGAUUGUAUAUGUCGUUUGAAUACUUAUUUUAUUUUAUUCGAAGAACUUAAGAGCAACUGUAUCAAUAAACGGUGAAAACCUCUUUGUUUUUCAGACUCAACACCAGCUGCUCAAACCACCAUGAACAUUACAACAGCAACAACAGAACAAGUAACAAAUUCAACAACAUAUGCCACAACCAUGACAACACCUAUAGCAACACCUGUGACAAAUUCAACACCUGAGACGACAACCUUCACUGUCACCAGCAUGGCUACAACACCUGUGACAAACUCAACACCAGCUGCUCAAACCACCAUGAACAUUACAACAGCAACAACAGAACAAGUAACAAAUUCAACAACAUAUGCCACAACCAUGACAACACCUAUAGCAACACCUGUGACAAAUUCAACACCUGAGACGACAACCUUCACUGUCACCAGCAUGGCUACAACACCUGUGACAAACUCAACACCAGCUGCUCAAACCACCAUGAACAUUACAACAGCAACAACAGAACAAGUAACAAAUUCAACACCUGAGGCGACAACCUUCACUGUCACCAGCAUGGCUACAACACCUGUGACAAGUAAGGCCUUUGAUGAAGCUGCUGCUCUGUAA